AUGGUCAUGGACGCUGGCCUGCACGAGCCGUGCGCGCUGCUGCCGGGAUCCAAUCGCGACGGCCACAUGCCAAUCUACCCCCAAAUCGCCGCCGCCGCAGCCAGUGGGUUCACGGCGGAGGAGCUCGAGUCGCUGCUGUUCCUGUCGCCUGAUGGAAUUAACGUGGAGCUUCCCGAAUUGCCUAUGAUCAUGACUACUGCCGUCGAUACAUAUACUAGCGGCGAUAUGAAUAUGAUGAUCAUGGCUACUGCCGGCGACGGUAACAGCACUCUAGGCCGCAGUCUUCUUGACUUAAUGCAGGAGCUUGCAGCGGCACCGCCGCAUUUCGGGUUCAUUACUAGAUCAUCAGGCGGACGCGGCAGAAACGGCGGUGGCGGCGGCGGCGUCCACCCUGCUUUGAUUGAAUUCUUGAUCCGGCGUUUGUGGCGUGACUAUGACUUGGAGGCACAACGGCGUCUCGAAAUAUUCUUGGCCAACUCUAACUUGGAGGCAGGAGGACAAGCUCAUCGGGUUGCCCACCUUCUCGCUGCUGCCGCCGCUGCUCCAGCUCAAGAACCAUCGAUAAAUUCUUGCUCCCAUCAAAUUCACCUCCUACUUAGUGUGUUUCUUCUUCUUCUUCUUCUUCUUCUUCUUCUUCUUCUUCUUCUUCUCAAGGAUAUCGCCAAAAUGCUCAAAGGUGUUAUGGUGCAAGCUUUUGCCGCGUUCCUACCAGCGUGCGUGACGGCGUACCCUCAGUUAAAGGACGCUCCUGAUCACGUCAAGUUCACAACUUUUGGUGCCCUGGCGUUCAUCACCGUGGGCUUGUUCGCCGCGAUCCUGUCCAGAUCGGUGGCUCGUCACGGGCUGUCCUUCCGCCUGGUGUCUUUUUCAGCUAUUGCCGUCUUGACGUUCGGCGUCGCGUCUCUGUUCUCUUCACCAACCUACAUCGCUUUCACUGCGCUUGUUGGAGUGGCACUGAAUUUAAUCGUAAUGUUCCUACGUAUACGGUUCUAG